CGGCUGGCGGGGCGGGCGGUGCUGGCGCGCGCGGCGGGGCCGGCGCUGGGCCAGUGCGCGCGGGCUGCGCGGGGACGGGGCGCGCCAUGGCCGCCUGAGGCGCGCGGGGGACGGCGACCGGCUCGCGCCCGGCCCGGCCGUUGGAGGUGAGACUUUGCUCACUGUUGAAAAAUGGGAGAGAUAGAAGGAACAUACAGAGUUCUGCAGACUCCUGGCUCUCGUUUGGGGGUCCAGAAGAACACCGGAGUGAGUACCUUGGAGCCAGGACAGAAUCUCUCUACUGCAAUGGCAUUAUCACCUGCCAAAACGCAUGAGAGGGAUCUACAGAUCAAAAUAAAGAUGUUGGACAACACGGUGGAAGUACUUGACAUUGAGUCGAAAUGUUAUGGACAAGCGUUACUGACAGAAGUUUACAAGCAUCUGAAUUUGAUUGAAUCAGACUAUUUUGGAAUUGAGUUCCAGAACAUCCAGUCAUAUUGGAUUUGGCUGGAACCUAUGAAACCUGUUAUUAAACAAGUACGGAGACCAAAGACUACAAUGCUUCGUCUAGCAGUAAAGUUUUUCCCUCCAGACCCUGGCCAGUUGCAAGAAGAAUAUACUAGGUAUCUGUUUGCAUUACAAAUCAAGAGAGACUUGGCAGAGGAACGACUAACCUGCAGUGACAAUACGGCAGCUCUUCUGGUCUCUCAUCUUCUGCAAUCUGAAAUAGGGGAUUUUGAUGAAUCAGAGGAUCGAGAACACCUUAAAACAAAUCAGUAUUUGCCAAACCAGGAAAGAAUUCAAGGAAAAAUUCUGGAGUUCCACAGGAAGCAUGUGGGUCAAACUCCUGCUGAAUCAGACUUUCAAGUGCUUGAAAUUGCCCGGAAACUGGAGAUGUAUGGUAUUAGAUUUCACCUUGCAUCUGACCGUGAGGGCACAAAAAUUAAUCUAGCUGUUUCACACAUGGGUGUACUAGUAUUCCAGGGUAAUACGAAAAUCAACACCUUCAACUGGUCUAAGGUCCGUAAACUAAGCUUCAAGAGGAAAAGAUUCCUUAUUAAACUCCACCCAGAGGUCCGUGGCCCAUAUCAAGAUACCCUGGAGUUUCUUUUGGGGAGUAGGGAUGAGUGUAAAAACUUCUGGAAAAUCUGUGUUGAAUAUCAUACAUUCUUUAGGCUGUUUGAUCAGCCAAAGCCGAAGGCUAAAGCGGUAUUCUUCACAAGAGGGUCUUCAUUCAGAUACAGUGGACGUACACAGAAGCAGCUAGUGGAUUAUAUUAAGGACAGUGGGAUGAAGAAGACUCCAUACGAAAGGCGGCACAGCAGAGCUAGAGUGUCUGCUCACACUUCAAACACAGACGUGCCAAAACAGAGUGUCCCAUUCACUGAGAGCUUGAGAGCCCCAGGGUCUCCUGCCUCAGCAACAGCCCCCUUCCAUUCAGUUCAUUCAUCGACCACUCCUACUACUGCCCUGCCCAUCUUUGCAGAAACCAGCCCUUCCUCUGUGGACUCCCGAGCACCGUACCCAAGGAUUCCAGAAAAAAAUAUUGCAACGCCAGCAGAAGAAACCGGGAGAAAACUGAUGCAGCAGCCUGGAUCUUCCAUGCUCCAGUCAUUCCAAGGCCUCUCCGUGGACCAUUCUCAGCUCUCUCCCUUCACACUGAAGAGUCCCCUGAGCUUGAACCCAGCAUUUCAGGUGAAUUUGAACUCAGCUGGCCAGGGUUCAUCUCCUCUUCUGAGUCCUGUCCUGAGUGAUGCUGGUGGUGCCAGGAUAGAUGAUGAUGAUGAAAUGAAACGUAAGCGCUAUCCAACCGACAAGGCAUACUUCAUAGCAAAGGAGAUUCUUGCUACAGAACGGACAUAUUUGAAGGACCUGGAAGUUAUUACAGUGUGGUUUCGCAGUGCGGUCAUCAAGGAGAACGCUAUGCCAGAGGGUUUGAUGACAUUACUUUUCUCUAACAUAGACCCAAUUUACGAGUUUCAUCGAGGUUUUCUGAAAGAGAUUGAGCAAAGGCUAUCGCUGUGGGAAGGAAGAACCAAUGCUCACAUGAAAGGAGAUUAUCAACGAAUUGGAGAUGUCAUGCUCAGGAAUAUGAGUACUCUAAAGGAGUUUACCAGUUACUUGCAGAAGCAUGAUGAGGUCCUGACAGAACUGGAGAAAGCAACAAAACGCCUAAAGAAACUGGAAAUGGUUUAUAAGGAGUUCGAACUGCAGAAAGUUUGCUAUCUGCCACUCAACACGUUUCUGCUCAAACCCAUUCAGAGACUGAUGCACUACAAGUUGAUCCUGGGGAGACUUUGCAAGCACUACACAGCAGAGCACCGGGACUAUGCAGAUUGCCGGAAUGCUCUGAAGGAGGUCACAGAAAUGACGUCUCAGCUACAGCACAGCCUGAUCCGCUUGGAGAAUUUCCAGAAGCUGACAGAGCUGCAGCAUGACUUAAUUGGUAUAGAUAAUCUCACAGCACCUGGUAGGGAAUUUAUCCGGGAAGGUUGCUUGUACAAGCUUACUAAAAAGGGUUUACAGCAACGGAUGUUCUUUCUGUUCUCAGAUAUGUUGCUGUACACAAGCAAAGGUGUUACAGGGACAAAUCAAUUCAAAAUUCAUGGACAUCUUCCUCUGCAUGGCAUGUUGGUGGAGGAGAGUGAGAACGAAUGGGCUGUCCCACACUGCUUCACAAUCUAUUCAGCACAGAAAACCAUAGUAGUGGCAGCGAGUACCCGCCUGGAGAUGGGGAAAUGGAUGGAAGACCUAAACAUGGCAAUCGAAAUGGCCAAGAAAUCUACUGAGAAAUCUGACAUGCUUCUGGAAAACUCAGUGUGCAAUCGUUCCAACAGAUCCUCUGAUGAGGUCUCUCUAGAACAGGAGUCCGAAGAUGACAUACACUCUUCUCGUAGCUCCUUGGACAGGCAGAGCCACCACCGUGCCAACACAACCAUGCACGUGUGCUGGUACCGCAACACAAGCGUCUCCAUGACCGACCACAGUGUGGCCGUUGAGAAUCAGCUUUCAGGAUACUUGCUGAGGAAGUUCAAAAAUAGUAACGGCUGGCAGAAACUGUGGGUUGUCUUCACCAACUUCUGUUUGUUCUUCUACAAAACGCACCAGGACGACUAUCCUUUGGCCAGUCUCCCGCUCCUUGGCUAUGCGGUCAGCUCCCCCAUGGAGGCAGACGGCAUUCAGAAGGAUUAUGUCUUCAAGCUGCAGUUCAAGUCCCAUGUGUACUUCUUCAGGGCUGAGAGCAAAUAUACCUUUGAGAGGUGGAUGGAGGUGAUCAAGAGAGCCACCAACUCUCCAGCAAGAUCGAACCUGCUGCUUCCAAAGGAUGAGGAUAGUCACACAGACUGAAGGGGGGCAGAGCUGGAUCUCUGCUAUAAACAUAAGUAAAAGAGGUGGGUGGAAACAGGAGUCCCUGGAGUGGAUAAAGCAAAGAACCAGGAUGCUCAUUUCCACCUCGUAUGGAAAGUGAGAGUGAGGGAGUUAUGGACUGGAAUCACAUCCGCUCUGCAUGGUAUGGAAGAGGGUCAAGUCUGCUCCAGUUGAACCUACUUAGAGAGAACCUAACAACUGCCGAACUCCAGUGUGCACACAUUGUGGAAGAUAUUUUGUUCCAGUUGUACCAGCUCUGUACCGUAAUACCCUUGCCUGCCCUGAAGGCAAAUGACACCUCUUUUUACAUUGUGACUGAGUGGUCAGCAUACAUGAGAGAAAAAUAGCAGUUGUCAGUGGUGUGUUUGGCUCACAGCUGCUGGUGUCAGGCUCGCUGGCUCCCAGAAGUUCCCUUCCCCCGGAUGCUCAGCAUGGCUGGCUGUACAACUGCUGUCUUACUCGCUGCUGUUAACACCAACCUGCUGGCACAAUCUUCCUAGACUAACAGGGUCCACAGAUAUAUUAGCUUAAACACAGUUAACUUUGAACAGAAACUGCAGCUCUCAUAGAACAAUUCUGCUCUUUGGAAACUGUCACGGCAACAAUUUUCCAGGGGAAGUGGGAAGGCUGAACCUCUAAGCUGUUGAGGUGUCAGUAUCGUGGGCUGGUCCAGCUAAGGUGCGUGGUUUUUCCUUUAGAACUCUGCUCUGUUGCAUGCUGAGAAGGUCAACUGCUGUUCUCAUAUUACAGCUCCACUAUCUCUCCAUCCUGUAACAACAGGUAUUACUUAAGGCACGGGAUGGCAAACACUCUGUCCACCCUUAUGUGGGUGAUGUUUUCAAGGCAUUUAAGCAAUAUAGGAGAACAAGCUCCUCUGCAAGUUACUAUUGCUUGUGCUUCUGUGUCACUUGAAGACUUCUGAAAAAUCCCUAUUCUUACUUUUAAAUAUGGGGUGGAUCCGUCUUUCAUUUCACAUGAAGGUGUAAAAGUCACUGGAUUCUAGAUGGAGCAUUAGCGUCUGUGGACUCUAUUAAAUCUCUGUAUCAAAUCUGAA